AGCGUGACCGCGCCAGUUACCCACGUGGGGGCACAGCAUUCUCCAUUGUUUGUGCCGGGGUGAGGAAGAGCCAGGCCGUGACCCGAGCAGGCAACGCGGUAAAAAUCCUCCUUCGGUGGGUGACGUGGAACAAGUGCCGAAAAGCUUUCGUUUUACAAGAUGCCAAAGCGUGGGAAAAAGGGAACGGUGGCAGAAGACAGAGAAGAGCCCAAGACUGAGCCAGAGGCCAAGAAGAGUAAGACGGGAGCAAAGAAAAAUGAAAAAGAGGCAGCAGGAGAAGGGCCAGUCCUGUAUGAGGACCCCCCAGAUCGGAAAACCUCACCUAGUGGCAGAUCUGCCACAAUCAAGAUCUGCUCCUGGAAUGUGGAUGGGCUUCGAGCCUGGAUUAAGAAGAAAGGUUUAGAUUGGGUAAAAGAAGAAGCCCCAGAUAUCCUGUGCCUCCAAGAGACCAAAUGUUCAGAGAACAAACUACCUGCUGAAUUUCAAGACUUGCCUGGAUUAUCCCAUCAGUACUGGUCAGCACCUUCAGACAAGGAAGGGUACAGUGGUGUGGGCCUACUUUCUCGCCAGUGCCCACUCAAAGUCUCUUAUGGCAUAGGCGAGGAAGAACAUGAUCAGGAAGGUCGUGUGAUCGUGGCUGAAUUUGAUGCAUUUGUGCUGGUAACAGCCUAUGUACCCAAUGCAGGCCGGGGUCUGGUGCGACUGGAGUACCGGCAGCGCUGGGAUGAAGCCUUUCGCAAGUUCCUAAAGGACUUGGCUUCCCGCAAGCCUCUUGUGGUAUGUGGCGACCUCAACGUGGCUCACGAAGAGAUUGACCUUCGCAACCCCAAGGGAAACAAAAAGAAUGCUGGCUUCACCCCACAAGAACGCCAAGGCUUUGGGGAUUUGCUGCAGGCUGUGCCAUUGGCUGACAGCUUCCGGCACCUCUACCCCAGCACUGCCUAUGCUUACACUUUUUGGACUUACAUGAUGAAUGCUCGAUCCAAGAACGUUGGCUGGCGCCUUGAUUACUUUCUGUUGUCCCAUUCUCUGUUACCUGCAUUAUGUGACAGCAAGAUCCGUUCCAAGGCCCUAGGCAGUGAUCACUGUCCCAUCACUCUAUUCCUAGCACUGUGAGGCCUCCCCCCAAAAAUCCCUCAGCCUGGGAAACGAGCUCCCCAAACUAGCAUUUCUUUUAAAAUAUAUUGCUCUAGAGAAAUCUGCACUGUAUUUGCUUUCUAAAAAUAAUCUGAAUCUUCCAUCCAGGCUUAUACUGAAAGAUUUAGGUUUCUAUCUUGUUCUUUUAAGCCCAAGGUUUUAGUUUUGUGUGUGUUCUUCCUUUGACCUGUCCAUGUGAAAAUAAAGAGCCAUAGUUUCAG